AUGGAAGGUCGAUCGGCUGAAGAUUGUGUUGUGCUACUAGAGGAACUAAUCCAAAGUAACCGAAAACUCGCCGCAGAAAAUGAGAAGCUGCGGCGAGAACACGAGGCAGCUAGAAGAAAUCAAACACAAGUCCUGCAAAGGAUUGAGCAAAGGUUAAAUGAGCGAGAGGCUCCUGGCGAAAGACAUCGCUCCAGACGCAGGGCUGCCGCUCAUAUAAUUGCCUUUCCUGUGGCAUGCAGGGUAAGUAUAAAAAGAAACGUGCAUUCGAAUGACGCAAAGACGAUUUGCUAUAAAUACAUGAAAAUUAUACAUUACAAAACUGAAAUGACUGAAGUAGGUGGACAAUGCAGAAUGAGGCGUAGAAUUGGUUUGAAUGGUUUUGGCGCGCAAAUCCUGCAUAAAUUACUAUCGUUCGGUCAGAUACACGACACUGCCACUCGUGACACUUUAGGCUGAAUAGGUCACUUUUAUUUCAUUUAACUUAUUUCUUUGUUUGGGAAAAAAGCCUGCACGGUUUUAAUAGACAAGGAAGAAAUUUGUGUAACAAGAUUAAGGAAGAUUUCAUUUGUAUUUUCUACCUCGGCCGCCACAAAAGAUGUAUGCAAGUAAUAAAUUACUGUACCAUUACAUGGGCAUAUGAGGUGGUGACAAUAACUGACAAUAAGCGUGGAACGUCAUUUUUUUUUUUGCAUUGCAGGAGUUAAUUUUUUCAAGCUACCUCUUUUUUGAGUGAGACAUAAAUGACAUCAAAACGAAACCAAAGCAGACAUCUGAAUUUUUAAUGCUAAAUUCUGGCUCCUGUCCCCGAGAGUCAUAACCUGGGAUCAUAGGCGUACGGGCCGGGGGGGCGAGGGGGGCUGCAGCCCCCCCCCAAAGUUUGGGCAACUCAGAUUUUUUGGGCAGCGAGAGGAAAUUUGGGCAAAGCCAGUUUUUAAAGGAAGUCUCCAUGUUCAUUUAAUUAUUUUAAAGAGCUGAAUAUUAACCUGAAGUAGGCGUAAUAAUCCAGUUACAUUACAGUGGUUGCUUAGCAUGUGAUGAGUAAUUUACAUAUUUGCAGUUUUUUUUUUUAUGGGCACUAUACUGCACUGCACAAGCUGGAAUGGGCUAUUUCCAGUCGAGAAUUGGUUAAAAUAAACUUUCGCAUAACUUUCUAGAAUCAUCUCCACUCGAAGAACAGUGUAUGGCAGAUAGCAUUUAGCAAUGGGUAUUGCCUGCCUUGCCUGCAUAGCAAGCGUUUCCGCGCGAUUUCGACUGAAAACUGUAUGGACAUGAAGAAGUGGCUGACUAAUUCUCAGUUUGAAUUACGAGAAGAAUCUUAAUUCUUUUAAAAAAUCUAUCGAGCGGUUUAGAAUUAUCCGCUGAUUUGUUAAAGUAGACCGAGAUGUUUACAAAACCGCUAACAAGAGUGUCUCGAUGUAUACUAAUCAAAUCCUUCUUUCGAUUCUAGCAAUCAAGCAGAGCUACCUCCACGAUCUUUCACACAAGUUUUUAAAACGAUUAAAGCUACUAUGAGGUGAAAUUGCAGGACAAAAGCACUUCAUUUUCUACAGAUAAUGGCCAAAAAUCAAGAUUUUCUUUUCCUUACCGUAUUUCUGAUAAUAAAAAAUCAUUGCAAAAUAUCUCGAUAACACUCUUAAGGUUUUGCUUAAACUUCACGAACAUCGAGGCGACCGUAUUGGAGAAAAAAGCUCCUGUGAACGAUUUUGUAAGGUUCCCGUACCGAGCAAAAAUAGGUAAUGGAGUCAUUUCGUUGCUACGACAACUCCGAUGUCACUGCAACCCUGAUAAUGCCAAAUUUUCAUCUUAAUACCACUGUGGUCGCAGUUUUUCCAAAUGUUUGCUUAUGGCGACGUAGUUUAUGCUCAGACUUGGUAUUGAUCCUGAAAACCUGUAUCGAGCCACCUUCAUAUGCCAGGACGGCCUAUGUUGUUGCAAUAUGGCCCUCAUUUCUUUUCGACUCUUUCGUAAAAAUUUGGGCAACUUAGGAGAUUUUUUUGGGCAAAUGGUUUACCGCCCCCCCUGGCAAAAAAUUUCCCGUACGCCUAUGCCUGGGAUGUCUUUUGACCAGCAUAUUAUUGUCAAACUGAGAAAGGGAUGUGAUUUCUUUCAUUUAUAGAGAACACUAAGGCAAAUAUACAAGGUCCUUUCUAAAAAGGAAGACUUUCACGGCUUCUACCUUGAUGAAGAGUAAGUAUAAUAAACAUCUAUCAAAUAUUAAUUUAACUACCACAAUGGUAGGCCACACCUGGAGGGAAUCUACGCAGAUUUGGAACAGGUCAAUUACACGUAGUAUAAAAUAAAAACCAACUGAAAUAGUAAUGACAGGAGGAUUUAUUAGUACCUCAGGAUGUUUCUUUGGAAGGCACUACAGAACUUGGAAGGGUCAACAGUGAACACCUCCACCUCAUGAAUGACAAUAGUAUCCAUUGUAUUAUGCCUUCCAACCCAAUUUAGCUCUAGUUUUUCACCUGCCUUUUUUGUAGAUUAACCCUUUAACCCCAAAAAUCAACUUGCAUAUUCUUUACACUGUUCUCUGUUCAUUGGUGAUCAUUUUAGUUUAUUCUGUUUGAUUUGUCUGUGAUACUGUAAGGAGAAAUUUGAUGCUGGUCGCUGCUAGGGGUUAAAGGGUUAAAAAGAAUUCCUUCAGAAGUUCAAAAUGCCAGUGUCAUUGAACAUUGAUGCCAAUAAUAUGUACCUGAUACCUACCAAAGAGACAAUAUGUAUGUAUCAAAGAUCAAGAAAGUGACUUUGCUUUGGUGAUAUAUCUUUUUAGAGUAAGCUCUGACAACAACGCUACUAUCUUCCUUAGAGUAAUGGCCCAAGUGUUACACCAACAUGGAGGAGAGGAAAGGUGUCCAUAG